GGAAGUCGUGGCACAUCCUGAUUGUGCAUGACGUUAACCGUUCCGGUUGUAGACCCGGGUGGACACUUUUUAGUUGUCUUUAUUAGUUUCUCUGGUUGCACUUGCUUUCUUUUCUAUCAACAAAAUGCCGUUAGAGUUUGAGCUGUGUCCCGGUCGUAUGAUCGGAGGGAACCAUCCAUGUUUCAUCAUAGCUGAGAUUGGACAGAACCACCAGGGAGACAUUGAGAUCGCAAAGAAAAUGAUCAAAAUGGCAAAGGACUGUGGUGCAGACUGUGCCAAAUUUCAGAAGAGUGAAUUAGAGUUUAAGUUCAACAAGAAGGCCUUGGCCCGCCCAUACACCUCCAAACACUCCUGGGGGAAAACCUACGGUGAGCACAAGGGCCAUCUGGAGUUCAGCCACGAUCAGUACAGGGAACUGCAGAAAUAUGCAGAAGAGGUGGGGAUCUACUUCACUGCAUCAGGAAUGGAUGAGAUGGCAGUGGAGUUUCUUCAUGAGCUUAAUGUGCCUUUCUUCAAAGUGGGUUCUGGAGACACCAACAACUUCCCCUAUCUAGUGAAAACUGCCAAAAAAGGACGCCCCAUGGUGGUGUCCAGCGGGAUGCAGUCCAUGGAGACGAUGCGUCGGGUCUACAAGACGGUCAAGGAGCACAACAAAAACUUUGCCAUCCUGCAGUGUACCAGCGCCUAUCCUCUGGAAGCUGAAGAUGUCAACCUCAGAGUGAUUACGGAAUACCAGAAGGAAUUUCCAGAUAUUCCCAUUGGGUAUUCAGGGCACGAGUCUGGAGUCAGUAUAACAGUGGCGGCUGUGGCUCUGGGAGCAAAGGUUGUUGAGCGCCACAUAACCUUGGACAAGACAUGGAAAGGAAGUGACCACGAAGCAUCACUUGAGCCCGCUGAACUGACUGAGCUGGUUCGCUCCAUCCGACUGGUGGAGAGGGCACUGGGAAGCGGAAUCAAGCGGAUGUUACCCUGUGAGAAGCCGUGCCACGACAAGCUGGGUAAGUCAGUGGUAGCCAAGGUAAAGAUCCCCAAAGGAACAGUUUUGACUGAGGAAAUGUUGACGGUGAAGGUGGCAGAGCCCAUGGGCGUCGUAGCUGAGGACAUUUUCCAGUUGGUCGGAAAGACCGUCAAAGAUGACGUGGAAGAGGACGAGAGCGUCAUGCCUGAGGUCGUCGACUGUUAUGCCAAGAAGGCAAAGUACUGAAAAUGGAAGGGAGGACUGAAGUCGCUACAGAAAGUGUAGUUGAUUCAUUUAGGGUUAGUUCUGAAGGUGCUUAAUCUGAAACAUGGAUGAGAGUAAGGGUUAUUUUCCUUGGUGUUGCUGAAAGGCAUGGGUGAUCAGUAAUUUGUUACAUAACUGGACAGUUCAUCAGAUGGUUUUAAUGUUAUCACGGCCCCUGCUUUAGUUCUCUACAGCCAAAGAGUUUUUACAUUUUCUACAAGUGGUGUCACAUAAUGUACUUUCUGGCAAACACUUCUGGUUUAAGUCUAUCACUUUGAGAGAUGGCACAAGAGUUGUUACCACUAACCUUGCGUUCUUUGUGCUACCUUUUUUGCCUAUAUUUGAGUGAUUAUAUAAAUGUUGAAUAUGCACUGCUGUGGUCCCGUCAUCUCAUCCCAUAGCAGUGAGGUCAAGGAGCCUAUUUGCUCUUUGUGUACGACUGCACUGACCAGCUGAGGUUGUCAACUUUUGCCAGAAAGAAGUUGUAUUUAUAUAGUUUCUUCAGAAAGAGGAAAAUUAGACUAAUGGGGAGAGAGAAGCAAAAUUAAAUCAGAUACAUUACAUUACAUUGCAUUUGCCUUUUUGCCCACUCUUACAAUUGACUGAUUGAUUCAUUUAUUUUACUUAUUUUUUUUUGGUGGGGGGUCAUGAAUUGAAAAUUCCUUAUUUAAGUUCUGGCACUUAUAACACACUGCACUUCUGCUUUUCAGAUUAAAAAUGUUUGUUUACACCUGUAAACAUCAACAUUUUGAUAUCUGUUGACGUCUGUAAUGUAAUGGAAGAAUGAAAAUUUUUCAAAUUAAAAUUUUGCCUCAA